CCCUCCUAAAUGCACCCAUCAUUCUGUCUGCGAGUCGUUUGAAUCAUCUCGAGCAACGCCAGAUCAACACUCUUUCCCAAGCUUCGAACCUGAGCACACCAUGACUUCUCCCGCUGAUCCCCACAGCAAGUGCUUCUCGCACAUCAACGGCACUAGCGACCAGCUUAGAGAUCGCCUCGCCGUCUCGGAGCUCUGCAAGGGCUGGCCCGUCUACCGUGACGCGUCCGAGUGGAAGAACUACCGCAACCUGUUUACUGAGGAUGCCACAGUCUGGACUACCUGGAGCGGCCCCCGCCAUGUCGACGACUUCAUCGCCAUCUCCAAAGCAGGAAAGGAGAAGGGCGUCUUUAUCAUGCACCGCGAGUGCGGCACGCUGGUCGAGCUCAACAGCUGCAACCGCCGCGCCAUCGGCAAGAUGAAGGCGACCAUCACGCACCGCUUCAAGUUUGACCCGUCAACGGGCGGCCCUGGCGUUUCUCCCGUCACGGAAACUGCCGAGUUCGACGUCGACUGCGACUGUCGCUUCAUCUUCUUCUGCGAGAAGAACCCCGCCACCGAUGAGUGGAAGGCAAAGUACGUCAAGCUGUUCUAUGAGAAGGACAAGGUUGUUCCCGUCGACGGUCGCACUGCUCCCGUCUUUACCAAGGAGGAACUCGACAAAAUUCCCGUCGGUUACAAGUAUCUCGGCGCUGCUCAGGCGCGUAUCGGCUACCAGAUCGACCUGGACCUUCCCACCGCCAGUGGCGAGUUGUUCGGUCGCAUGUACGCGGAGAUGGAGAAGUGGCUGGACGGCAAGCCGGUUGACCUUUUUUGGGAGAGCAAGUGAUGGCGCAGAGUACCUUAUCUUU